AAUAAAAUUACAGUUUUUGUUUUUUAUUUUUAUUUAUUUAUUUAUUUAUUUAUUUUUUGCUUUAAAAAUUUGUUUCAUUUGUUAAUUGUCGCUCAAUCUUUUUGGUAUAUGUUAGUCCAAGCAGACGUAGUAAGAUACUAAAAAUUCUGCAGUAAAUAGCGUCAUGAGAGCCACGUUCCAAAAUUAUAAGUUCUACAAGAAAGCCCGCCAACGCUUUGCUUGUACAGUCUAUAGCAUAUUGUUCGUGUGGCUUGCCUUGACACUUAUACAGAUUGCAGCGAUACCCCUCGUAAUGGACGCAAGGUAUUUAUUUGAUAGGCACUACUACAUCAGCAUUAUUUUCUUUGGUGUGGGAAUUUUAAUAUUUGGUUUAUUUAUAUUGUUUGAGACGUUGCGUUUCACUAGCGUGCUUAACGUCGUUCUGGCCAUCAUAAUUGUUGAGUCUCAAAUUAUUGCGCUCUUCGCGUUAGUCGCACGUGUUUUCUGGAUAGAUUUUCUUGCAUUCUUCUUAAUUUGCCUUGUGCUGCUCUGGAUAUUUAUUUUAAUUGCUUCGGUUCUACCCAGAGAUGUUGACCUGACUCUAGAUUUAGCCGUAGUUUUCAUUAAUGCCUUCAUUUUUCUGGCAAUUGGAAUAUACUUUUUGAUGGUGCAUUUCGCUGUACCUCGGACUGGGUAUUACUCUUAUCUAGUCUUCGAAAUCGCAAUUACUAUUAUGAUACUAGCUUUCGUAAUGUACCACGCACAAACCAUCAACGGCGGUCGAUUCGCGGAGAUGCGGCUAAAUGAUGCACUUUUGGGAUCAUUAAUUCUCUUCCACGACUUUCUCAUUAUUUAUUGGUUAACUUUCUAUUGGCAAAUCUUAGUGAGACCAUUCACGCCCAAUAAUUGGAUUCUCUUGGCGAACAUAGAAGAUGUUACUAAUGUUGCACCUUGUGCUUAUCAAAGAUUCGAUGUAUUUUCGUUACCUCAAGCAACUACUCAACCGCCAACUCAACGGCCAACUCAACCGCCAACUCAACCACCAACUCAACCGCCAACCAAACCGCCAACCAAACCGCCAACCAAACCGCCAACCAAACCGCCAACCAAACGGCCAACUCGACCGCCAACAACCGAACCGAAAACUUAUUUGAUUAUAUAUUCAUAUACACGUUUAUCAUGGCCAUGGCUACGGAGAUCAGCAACAACGGAGACUCUUAGCUGACAAACAAACGGAUGCUAAUAACAAAUGCGGACUAACCUCAGUUUUCGCUAGAGGAUACGAAAAGAAGUAACGGUUGAAAAUAAAAACCGUGCUGCAAACAUGAAAAAAGAAAGGAAGAAAAUUCUGCUGAUUGUAAUUGUAGUAUACAGAUGGACAUUGCACUAGCGAUGAAAGAGUCUUUCCAGUUCCUGAGCUCAGAGUGCGAUAUAGAGAAGAUAGUAUCCAAUAGUUUGGGGAAGAUAAAGUUAAAGUUGCUGAUAGAAACGAAGAUAUGGGAAGGUCACUGAUGCAGUAAUAAUGCCCAGAUCCUAGAGAAUGAAAUGUCACAAAUUAUUGAAAUUAAUCUGAAAUAUAAUUAUAUAAUAAUAUAUAAUAUAUAAUAUAAUUGUUUAAUAA